CUUGGCUGGAGUAUGUUCUGAAUACUUGAAGGAGCAGAAGAGAAGAGUUGCUCCUUCUUGGAGGGAAAGGAAAUGAUAUCUCCAGCCCCUUGGUUCUCCUUAAACCAGCCCCACAAAGGGAAUGGGAGAAAAAUACAUUUCCCAUAAGACUUUGGGGAGAGUGCCCCUGGAGGUGGUCGGACAGGGCGCCCCGAUCCCUGCCGGGAGUUGUGGUUCUUCCAGGCCGCGCCACUCAGUCUUCGCCCACCCGACCUUCCUCCGGCCACCCAGCUUUUCCUUUGUGGACGUGGCGAGGGCGGCCCGCGGCACUCCCGCCGCUCUCUGGCCACGCCCCCAGGGUUCCUCGCCCGCGCUCAUUGGUCGGAGGGCGUGGUCUUGGCGCCACCGGGGUGGGGCCUGGCUGGAUAGCGGCCAAAUUGGGCAUCUUUGAGAGACCGCGGAGCAGAGCGUGGGGAGCAGCGAGAAGCCGGAUAACAGGGGACCGAUGAUGUGGCGCCGGUCAUUCCUCCUGCUGCCGCCUCUGCUGCUGCUGCUGCUGCUGCUGCUCCUGCGGCGCGGGGCUCAGGGGAAGCCACCCCCUGACGCAGGUCCUCACGGCCAAGCCAGGGUGCACCAGGCAGCCCCCCUGAGCGACGCCGCGCAUGACGACGCCCACGGAAACUUCCAGUACGACCACGAGGCCUUUCUAGGACGGGAAGUGGCCAAGGAAUUUGACCAGCUCACCCCAGAGGAAAGCCAGGCCCGCCUUGGGCGGAUCGUGGACCGCAUGGACCGCGCUGGCGAUGGGGACGGCUGGGUGUCGCUGGCCGAGCUUCGUGCGUGGAUCACGCACACGCAGCAGCGGCACAUACGGGACUCGGUGAGCGCGGCCUGGGACACGUACGACACGGACCGCGACGGGCGCGUGGGUUGGGAGGAGCUGCGCAACGCCACCUAUGGUCACUACGCGCCCGGGGAAGAAUUCCACGACGUGGAGGAUGCUGAGACCUAUAAGAAGAUGCUAGCCAGGGAUGAGCGGCGUUUCCGAGUGGCCGACCAGGACGGGGACUCAAUGGCCACAAGGGAGGAGCUGACAGCCUUUCUGCACCCCGAGGAGUUCCCGCACAUGCGCGACAUCGUGAUAGCCGAGACCCUGGAGGACCUGGACAAGGACAAGGACGGCUACGUGCAGGUGGAGGAGUACAUCGCGGACCUGUACUCUGCGGAGCCGGGGGAGGAGGAGCCAGCCUGGGUGCAGACCGAGCGGCAGCAGUUCCGGGACUUCCGCGACCUCAACAAGGACGGGCGGCUGGACGGCAGCGAGGUCGGCUACUGGGUGCUGCCACCGUCGCAAGACCAGCCGCUGGUGGAGGCGAACCACCUCCUGCGUGAGAGCGACCAGGACAAGGACGGGCGCCUGAGCAAGGCUGAGAUCCUGGGGAACUGGAACAUGUUCGUGGGCAGCCAGGCCACCAACUACGGCGAGGAUCUGACACGACACCACGAUGAGCUCUGAGCCCCAGGGUGAGGGAGCGGAUGCAGCUCCUGGCCCGGCUCUCAGGGACCCUCCUGACUCAGCCUCUUCCGGACCCCUGGCCCUGCCCUACCCACCCUGGGCCCCUGGGAGCCCCCAGUGUGGGUGACACUGUUCCCACCAGCAGGGCCUCCGGGGCAGAGUGGGACUAUCACCCCGACUCAGCCGCCGGGAGCCCCACUGACCAAACCCCAAGUCUGAGCCACCCUCACACAGACCCCAAAAAUUCUCUCCCUGGGCCUCACAUCUUUCCCAGGAAGCCUCCCCUCUGCUGGGGCAACAGUAAAAUCCAGCGCUGGGGCCUUGGUGUGUAUCUUUUUGUUGUUUUGAGACAAAACCUCGUUGUGUAGCCCCGGCUGGCCUCAAACUCUGGAGACCCUCCUGCCUCAGCAUCCCAAGUGUGUACCACCAUGCCCUGGGAGGGAGUGGGGGCUGUGACUGAAGGAGGAGCAUGCAGGGUGUUGGGGGACUGAGAUAGGAGGGGACAAGCCUCAGAGGUGGGCAGGAGAUGGGACAGAAGUGAGGAUGUUCUUGGGCACAAAGAAGAAACCCAGCCUUGACGACCAGCGUACAAACAGGAAGCCAGGUGGUCAGCGAGGGUAGGGAUCCAUCAGCAGAAAAUCCUGCCUGAUGAGUGGAAGACAAAGCUACAGUGCAGGGAGGGGUAGUGAGGGCUGUGAUGUCUGGGGCCGCCCACCUUGUGGAGCACAGAGGGGAGCAUUCCAGCCCACAGGAGCAGCCGGUUCAAGGGUCCUGGGGCAGGGGUGGACCUGGUGUGGGGCAACAUCAGCAGGAGGCCAGGAUGGUGCAGCAGAGUGAGGGAUGGAGGGAAGAGAGGAAAUAGGAGGGGUGGACUGUAGCUGGGUGUGGUGGCACAUGCACCU